AUGGACGCCAGAGGCUCGCUAGUUGGCUCGGUCGUAGAGCGGAAACCUGGAUCUUCAUCGGCAUCAGCACCGAAACCGAAAGGCCCGGCGCGGAAUGGCUUCCCAACUGUCGAGCAUCGAUCGAAAAGCGCGUUUGCACGAGGGCGAGAGGAGGCGCGGCGGAAGGGAGGAAGCGAGCGCCUCAGGGAGGUGCCAGUCGUGCAGGCAACUCCUCGAGAGCACAGCCGGGCUGGGGCAGAGAAACCUCCUGUGACCGUAGAUUCUACCGAAGAGGACUGGAGGCGUCAGGUGAGUGAAGAGAACCAGCGAAGGGUUGAGAGUAUGUCGGAAGAGGAACUCGAGCAGGAGAGGAGAGAGAUCUUGGAACGGUUCGGAGCUGGGGUGGGCGAUAUCCUCCGCAAAGUGAAAGAGGCUAGGGAGAAGAGAGGAGGAGGACAUGGCAAGGACUCCGCUGAAAUUCUUGGGAUCAAUACUUCAUCGGCGGAUCCAAGGGAGAAAGAAAAUGAAGUCGUGCACGAAGAGGUAAAAAGGCAUGCAGAUACGUUACAGCAUGAUUCAGCAGUCAAGUCUCCCGUCACUCCAACCUCACCCCGCUCUGCUCUUUCGCGGAGCACAACUCGGCCGUCUAGCCGAGCCGACCGGAAAUUGCGGUUUGCAGACCUGGCUCCUGAGGAUGUACACGUUUAUCAAUCUGCGCCCCCGUCGCCCAAGAGGAAGCCGCUGGCUUUGAUGCCCCCCUCGGCUUCUGAUCGAGAAGAUACUUCCAUCAUCUCUCUGGGUGAGUGGCGAAAGAGCGGCGGGCUGUCGUUUCAGGACCAGCCGGCCGCGGAGAAGCCUUCGUCAGACACAUCGCAGCCCGGAGGUAAGGACGAAGACGGAGACGUCGAGGAAGGAACGCCAGAGUACAUACGCAAACGGUUCUUCCCCAACAUGCCUGCAGACGAUCCUUCGCUUGCCUGGAUAACCUCACGACCACCACCCGACCCCACGUCCCCCUCAUCGCUGCGGUUUGAUCUGACCGGAACCCCGAUCCCGGCGGCCCUAUCCAACAUACUCCCGACGCACUUGGGCCUGCAUCACCAUGCCGAGGGUACGCACGCGGGGUAUACCAUCGACGACAUCUUCCUGCUCUCCCGAUCUACUGUGCCCGCGCAGAGAGCAACCAUGCUGGGUGUCCUUGCGCGGAUCACUCGGAGACUCGGAAAGGCGCGGAAAAAGUACGGGGAGCACGAUGACGGCCUGGCUGAGCUGCACGGAAAGGAAGAGGAGCUGAGGAAGAGGAUUCUGGCUGCGGGGAUUGAGGCCCUCGGCCAGAGAGGGAGCGUCGGCGCUAUGGCGGUCGAUGUGCUGUGGGAGUGCGUGGUUGGAUGGGAUGAGGAGCUCGUGGACAUCGAAGGCGUCGAAUUCAUUGAGGCGAGCACGCAAUCCACACCUGGAGAAGAGGCUGACAAAAUACAGAGUGCUGCUCGCGACGCUAUCUCGUCACUGCCCAUUGAGUACCUUCUCCCUCAGAUCGCUGAAGCUUUGAGCACGGCAGCCCUCCCUGAAGCAUCCUUAUCUCAACUCUUGGGUAUUCUACAUCGCCUCGCGCAAUAUUCUAAUGCAUAUGCCACUUCUAUAACUGGGACGCCGAAGCUUCUGCCCUCGGUAGUCUCUACGUUCCUGCUAACUCCGAUCCCGCCCACGUCGACUUCACCUCUCCCUAAUCCCUUGGCGAUACAACUGCUGGCUACGCUCGCGAUGGCUUCAAGAUCGAACGCAUCGAGUGUCACUGGUUAUGCCGAUGCUCUGUUACGCUUCGUGGUGACGCUCCCUCCAGACUCGGCCUACUCCCACCCGCUCGCAACUGCCCUUCUCGCAUCUACGCUCGAGUUCUACACAGUGCUGGCGUCAUAUGGGCUGUAUGCCAGUGUUGCGACGACUGCUACCGAGCACUUGCACCGCCUAGGCAACUACGUGCUUUCGCAGAGAUGCGUGUCGAAGCGACUCAUGACUGCGUGGGCGAAAUUACUAGCCGGGUGGAUCGUCUGCGCGACGGACCCUCACCAGACUACGCCGGACCACGAGAUCCUUUGGAGUCAGGUGGCGGGCUGGGGGUGGGGAGAGCAGGUGCUGGAGCUGCGCGCGAAGUUAGAGGAGGGAUACCAGGAGGUGUGGGCGGCAGUUUGGGGCACUUGUGCCGCCUGGCUAGAGGGCGCUAGGGUCAAUGGGAUCAAGGGCGGAGAACAGGAGCGCGCCAGGAUGGUCGAACUCGUGUCUGAAGGCUUCGAGGCCGGGAAGGAGAGUGCCGUUGUGCUGCAGGCUGUCGAGAAUCUGCGGCAUUCUCUUGACCAAUUGAGAUCUAUCGGGAGCGCACCUUUCCACUCCGAGGCAUUAAUCGGACUGCAUGAGACGUCGAAGGAUGCCAAGCUGUUGUCAGCGGCUCUGCGGUUGUGGCUGUCAUGCACGCCUCCCUUCUCCGAGGGUCCGCCUCCUUCGCCACCUUUUGUCCUUCCAUUCGAUGACAUCUCCGUUCUGGCUGCCUCCUUGAGCAGACACUCUAUUUGGUCGUGCUUGCAAGUGCAACCUGUAGCAGCUCCCCCGUUCAUAAGUGUUUUCUUCCGCCCGCUGUCUUCGUUCCUGUCCCUGUUCAUCCGCCUGUCCAGAAGACUUCCUGGAACAUCUCCAGAUCUGUGGCUUGCCCAGGCGUGCACGGUCCUCCAGAGGGUGUUACCAGGGGAUGAGGAUCUCACACAGCGUACGCUCGAGCAAAUGAUGGACGUCGUGACUCCUGGCUUCAUCGCUCAAGCGGGAUGGAACGUCCCGAAUAUCAUAUGGGAGAACGGCGGCAUGGGAAUCAUCACACCGUUUUUCAUCCUUUCUAUAAGGCCUCAGCUCGAUGAGGAAGAGGAGCAAUAUGGCUACGUAGGACCGCUGGAUAUGACACGUCAGUCGAUUGCACUGGCUGCGACUCAGCGCGUCCCGUCGAUAUCUGGGCUUCGCUCACGGUUGGGCCGGGACUUCGGCGUGCCGUUAGCCAGAGACUGGCCGUUCAUCCCCUUGGAUCACCUACUGCGGUCUGGUACUUCCGCCGUUUUCAAGGCGCUGCCGUCGACGUGGAAUGCAUCCGAGACGGACGUCACACGCGCGGUCCUCCUUCUAGCAAAGGUCGUCAGGGAGGUGCUGAGGGUGAACGGGUUCGGGGAGGAGUUCGUUAUGAGCAGAGAGGAGGUCGUGUUUGGGUGUAUGAGGGUGUUCAUGCUAGAGCAUGGGCAGGAUCAGCAAAACGACGGCGUGCAAGAGGAAGUGUUCAGGGAUACGGUUAUCGGUGGGCUGAUGGGCGAUCUGUUGGCUCCAUUCUCUUACGCUGUUUCCGCUUCCACACCGAAACGUUCAUCAAGUGAGACGCUCGAGCAGGUCUCCCGCCGCUUCCUGGGACAUUCGACGCCGUUCUACCAGUACUAUACGGACUUCCUUGGGCUGUACGAUGCGAUCUCCUUCGGGCACCCGCUAUUUGCUAAGCUGCUUCUACCCCCGCUCUCGAUGCGCUACCCGGUCGAUUACAGGAAGCUCUUCUGGGACGACUAUCACCAUGCUCUCCGGACUAUCCGGACGCCGGUCGAGGAUGUGCUUACGGAUGACCUUAGCCAGUAUCUUUAUCCUGUGGAGCCGGACAAGGCGGUCGUUGCGGCGUAUCUCCGAGCGCUGGUGAAGCCGGGGACGGCGGCUGGGUUCUUGCGUUUUGUUGCUGUGCACCAUGUUGCGGCACAUAUCUGGGACGACCUUCGCCCUACCGAUGCCACCAAGGACGAAGAGAGGGCCGAAAAGUUGAUCAAAGCUGUGGUCACUCAGGCCAGUCUAGAUGUCGUGAAAGAGUUGGUCCUAUAUAGACAGGUGGACUGUUCUGUGGACAAUCGGGCGAUUCUCGUUCCGCCGCAGUGCUUCGAGCAGCAGGGGCCUUGGAAAGGCGAGCGGUUGCAGCAAGCUGAGAAGUGGGGAUUCAAGGAGCGCUUGCAGGGACUUUUGGCAUGAUUUUCUUGGAAUAAAGACUGGCUAUUUCUGC